AUGGCAAAGACAAGUAUUCUUUCUGUUUUUCGGGUACUUUUAACAGUUUGGUUAGUUUAUCAAACUGUUAAAGCAAUCACUUUUUUACAUCUUUUGAGUAGAAAACAUAGUUAUUAUGAUCCAAAAGUCGCGUUUGUUAUUGGUGUCCAAACUGUUGCACCUCCAAUAAUUGUAAUAAAUGUUGUUACUUGGAUAGUUUUUUGGUUUGAUAAACAACAAUCAAAACUUCGUAAUUGGAGAACUCCUGAACGCGAAUUAUUAUGGUGGUUAUGGACUACAGGUGUUUUUGGUGGUUGGCUCAGUAUGUUUGAGCAACAUGCUAAUGCAAAUGCUACAACUCAACUUGAUAUAGCCCAAGAAGGAUUCAUUGUUAACUCCCAAACUGCUAGAAAAAGAAAUUUACUUGAAGAUCAAUAA